AAUACGAACACCUCAUUCUUAUCUUGGUAUUAUUCUUACGACUUGGAGCAGGUACCAAAUUCUAGUAAGCUGUUCAGAUCUGUAGGGUUGUUAAAAAAUGGGGGAUUCGUGCAUGGAGUGCACAAAAUGGGCGGAAGAAAUUUACUGGACUCAUUUUCAAGAUCUCCAUUUUUCUCAGAUUAUGGCUACUGGUUUUGAUCGGCAACUGGCCAUCCCCAAAAAGUUUUCUAGUAGUCUUAGAAAUAAAUUGCCAGAGUUUGUGACCCUUAAAGGUCCUGGUGGUGGUACUUGGAGUGUAGGAGUAACAACCACUGGUGACACGUUGUACUUUAAACAUGGUUGGCAAGAGUUUGUGAAUGAUCAUGGUUUGGUGGAGAAUGAUUUAUUGAUCUUUAAAUAUAGUGGAAAGUCACAUUUUGAGGUUCUUAUAUUCAACGGACAAAAUAUGUGUGAGAAGGAAUUUUCAUAUUUUGUGAAGAGAUGUGGGCAUAAAAAGGAUGAUCAUGGGGGUAGCUUGAUUAAGAAAAAAUCCAGGAGAGCUUCUUCAGAUAAAUCCAACAAUGGCUCUUUUGAGAAUGUUGAAUGCACUUCGGUGGAAAAGUCUAGGAAUUUUGAUGGUCUGUGGGUACAGUCAGGAGAGCCAGUCAUCACCCUGACCAACGAUCAGGUGGUUCGCAGAAGAUCUGUUAAUCGCCACAUAGUAUCCAGCAGUAAUGAUGGCAGCCUGGUACCAUCAGGAGAGCCAUUCAUCACCCCGACUACUGAUGAGCAGGUUGGCAUAAAUGCUACUUCUUUUCGCCCCAUAAGAACCACACGCAAUCACAAUGCAAUUAACGAAGAGUCUUCCCCUGGCAGUGGGGAAUUGUUGUACGUUUCUGAGGCUGAACAUACACCUACCAAAAGAAGUGGAGCAUCAUAUGGUGUGCAGUUUUUAUCAAAUAGAAGGCCCGUAAGUGAAGAUGAGAAAAACUAUGCCUUGAAGUUGGCUCAUUCUGAAAUCUUAGAAUCAAACAGUGAGGGCUUAAUAGUAGUCAUGAAACCCUCACAUGUGUACAAGAGAUUCUUUGUGUUACUCCCUACAGACUGGGUGAUGAAAUAUAUCUCUUUGGAAAACCAAGAUGUAUUUCUACGAUUUGGAGAGAAAGAAUGGCGUACCAGGUUUAACUACAACCAGCUUCGCAAAUCUGCGGCACUUUCUUCUGGUUGGAAUCAUUUUGCAGUGGACAACAACUUGGAAGAAUUUGAUGUGUGCGUAUUUCAGCCCGGUAGUCCUGUGAACAACUCAUUUUGCUUGGAUGUUAAAAUUUUUCGGGUUGUCGAAGAGAUUACUCCUCUGACUACAAUCAGUUCUCCAAUAUCAAGAAAGAACAAAAGGAAAUUGAUCAAGAAUGAAAAGCAAUCAAUUGUUUAGAGUGUUUAAGUUACUUUUCUACUUGUUGCUUUUGAUAUGUCCGGCAGACUUUGGUUUCCAGCAAUUGUACUUUGCUAACGUGGUUAAAGACUUAAUGUUUUCAUAAUACUAUUUGAUAUGUUUUCGUAA